CACGAUAAGCCCCGUUCGAACUAAUUGGUCCGCAUAUGAGCUGCUACUGGUAGAAUUGGUAUGGCCGUUGCGGGUCCAGCAAGGGCUGAAGAAGGACUCGUGGGAUGCGGGGUCCUGAUUUGGAGCAGACACUGUUCUACAACCUAUCUUCUUCCAAACAAUCCCAAGAUCGACACAAUCUGCCAUGUUUGAGAGCCGCAUUUACAGUCAGCCCUAUCACUGGGAGAAUAGCGACGGCUGGGUCUCCAAAUUAGCCUCCCGCGAUCCGAACAUAGUCAUUUUGGUGCAAGUCGACGAUGCUUCUACGCCGCAGUUCAUUGAGCUAAAUCGACACCUUGUCCGUCACACCACCGUUAAAGAAUUCCUACGUGGAUCGGAAGAUCGUGAGCUGGAAGAAGCAUGCCAGGUGUCGUUUGUCACCACGUCUGAACCGGAGCAGAGCUCGGACAAUUCUGGCGCCGUCUUCAUGCUUUCCCGACCAAAGAACGGCAAGACUAAGCGACAGCAAUACCGCGUACCAGAGGAUCAUUUUGUCUUUGGAAGACAGGGGCGAGCCACUGACUUUUCCAUCUCUGCUAGAAAGAACGUGAGCCACGCCCUCUUCUGGAUUGGCUACGAUGAAAAUAGUCGCCCAAUUGUCCAGUCUCGUGGAUCCUCUCAAUACGAUAUACACGUCAAUGACAUUCUCCUCCAACAGGAUGCGGAUACCGAUACCGCAUGCCUAUGGCUGAAUCCCCACCUCGCAAACGAGAUAGAGGUUGUUGGUCUCGCGAAAUUGAGAGUAUAUUGCCGGAACGUCCGGCUUCUUGACGAUCCCAUCGUCCCACAGAUCGCUGAUUCGAGCGAAAUUGAAAGUUCGGUCUACAGCCUUGCUACCACUGCCGUUCUCGCAUCGUCAAUGACAGCACCUGGAUUCACACGUGAGGGGCCAAGCCUUGUGUUCUAUCCACACCGAAUUGCAAAUGAGGAGUACUUGGCUCUCGAUAUGUGCACAGGUUAUGAGUAUAUCGCCCGGUAUACUCCUGUGUCGAAUAUCAAGCUACUGAGGCAAAAUGUGUGUGAUUUUCAAGAUCUUCGUGUUGACGGGAGUUUCUUAAUACCCACCGCCGUCCAUCAUGUUUCUGGGGUCAACUGCCUAUUGGUCCCUUUUCGACCCGGUAUCUUGAGCCUGCAAGCCAUAUCCAAUGACGACCACUAUUCUCUAGCGGAGCGCCGGGUUCUGGGGGUCAGACUCUUCCGCGAGCUACUUCGCGUUAUUGGCCGGCUUCAUCGUCAAGGAUUCAGCCAUGGUCGUCUGAGCAUGAGGACCGUGCUUGCUGUGCCGUCGCCUUGCGAUAUUGUACCCAUAUAUAUCGACUGUUCCUCCCUCACUCUCGGAGACCCAACGUUGUUCUCCAACGAUUGCCUGUCAAUCUUCAGCCUGGUGAGAGACUUCAUCGGGGAACCAUUAGAUGAGCUGUGGACUCAGGACUCGUCUUUAACGGAGAUCUGGAAAAACUAUCUCUCGAAAUCUCCAGGGACUUCUUGGAAGCGCACAGUUAUCGAGAUUGGACGACAGCUCAAUCUAUCUGACCAAAAAAGCUCCGAUGGUUGGGAUUGUUUAACGGUUUACAAAGACGUUCUUGUUUCUCCAAGCGGCAAUCGGGUUUCCACCACCGACAUUGAGUUCUUCCUGCUUAUGCAGGUCAGUGUUCAACAAAUCAAGGAUGGCAAAGGACAGCACAUUAUCAAUGCCGUCCGGAAAUACGACGAGGACGGGACAAUCGCAAUCACCGAGCUCGAAACAGUCAUUGAUCACCUGAGGAGGAAGCACAGUGUUUCUUUUUACUUUGGGGAGCUUUCUCGGUUCCUUGAGAACCCGGGCCGCACCUUGCUGAGAACCGCACAGAACAUUCCUUACCACCCGUCCUGUGGUCUGCUUCAGCUUGAGCCCAUACUCCAUUUGGCGCCAGACAAUGAACGACAAGGACUGGAGAGCUUCUGCAGUGACUUGUAUGAGCUUCGCGGACAUCAACCGGGUGUCUUCGUGACGCUGCUACAGUUCCAGCAGAUCGCUAAACACCUUGAUCUACAGUAUGAGCCAAGAGACCUCGUAGAGCCAUCUAAUAGCAUGGCCAGGUACUCAUCGCCUGACUGGUAUUUGGUCAGUCAUCACCAGUUCUGUGGCGUCCAAGCUGUUGGAGCACUUGAUAAUGUCGUGGCCGGAAGCACUCAGCCUCACACAGGAGAGAUCCUGCCACGAAUCACAAUCAAUCGCGCUGCGCUUUUCAGUUCAUACCAUUCGCAGAGCAGGGCUGGCAUGGGCACAUGCUCGGUGGCGUCGUCAGAGGACCCGUUCACGUUCAAGUUUAGCACUGCUCGAAGACCUCUGGCAAAGACCCAGGCAGGCGAGAUUGCACGCAGGAUUGAUGGGCAAACGCUUAGCACCACCCCUCAACAAGAUCUAUUGCCGGAUCAGGAGCGGCUGCAGCGAUGGUUCGCAGAUUCUGGAUCACGACGCCGAAAUUCCGGCAUAACCAGGACUAAAAGACCUUGGGAGGGUUGAUCCUCACAAGCAUUUGGGCCAGGUGUGUCAGAGUCCAUACACAAGGGUUCGGCCUAUCAUGACCCUAUUGCUUCUUGCUCGCUCUUCGGCAAACCACGACACUCCAGAAUUGA